AUGGACGACAACUCGGACGUAUCGACUGGCGACCAUCCUCAGGUAUCAUGGAUCAAGGUGGAAAUAACGGCGACGCGAGAACUCGAGAUUCCAGUCGAGAAUGGCCUCCUUCUUACCCCUGACGCUGUCCAAAACUUGAUCAUCAACGAUCUCCCAGACCGUGGACUUGCUCUAAGCAACCUGCGAGUGGCCUCCCUUCCUGAAGACUACGAAAAUGCAGGCGAUCUUCAGGUCGGUUCAGAGCUGAUUACAGAUGAGUUGAAGGCGAAGGUGGCUUUCCGCAUGGUAACAGACAGAUCACCGCCCGCGCCGACUUGUGAAUCUGUGUAUGAUACCGACGACGAGGACGUUGCGACUGCUGGUAUUUCCACCGAUCUGCAAGCCAUCAUCGACAAACUCCGCGAGAAACAUGCGGUCCAGGUUGCGGCAGGCGCCAAGGGUCAACCUAACGCGCGUGCUCAUCGCGCCGCUGCACGCAACACGGCAAGAAAGGUUGAAGAGCUCAUGAGAGUCAACGACCUCGAGCCGAACAAUUUCCCCCUCGAGCCGGACAAUGUCACCCUCAAGUCGAACACAGCAGGAAAUCGAGUCAAGAAGCCGCGCGCCAGCAGCCAGAAGAGACAUGCAAAGCAAGCGAAACACGCAGAGCAGGUCAAACAGGAGUCAAAGAGAGCACCCGGGGGAGGGCCACGAGACAAGGCAAAGGCCGUGCACAUCCAUCGACUGCAUAACUUCACGCAACGCAAGGGAAAGGACGGAAUCGCAGCGCAGCUGGAGACAUUCGGACGCAAUGAGGAUUUCCGCACCCAGAAGCGGUUGGAGAAGGCUGCAGAGAGACGCUGGAGGGGCAAGGGAAGUGGACUCAACGAGGACAAGAAGGUCGACUUGAUCUCCGAGCAACUCGAGAAAAUGUUGGAGACGGAAGGCAAGCAGGCGGACAAGAAGAUGAGCCUGGUCGACAAGGAAGCCCAUGAUAUGGAGGUGUAA